AUGGCUGAAGUCUUCGGUGUAGUUGCCGGCGUUGCUGGAAUCGCCUCUCUAAUUCCCAAGCUUAUCAGUGGCAUCGACACUUUACGCGAUGUACAGAGAUCCGCAGAUAAGGCUCCAGCUGAGUUGGACGCUCUAGCAGAUGAGCUAAAAGUGUUGAAGCGCUUCCUUGAAGAGGCCGCGCGCAAUGAACAUUUCGUGCUCGAAAUGGGCAAUGCAAGUUUGGGACAAGUCAUUAGCGGCCUCGAAAAGCUGAAGAGGAAGUUCGCAGCCCAGUUAGAACCAAAGAAGACAAAAAUGCCGAAAAUCUUUCUUUUCCGACACUGGAAAGAGGAUGUAGAAGCCCUCCAGGACAGUAUUCGGACUGUUAAGUUAGAUUUGAUUAUCCUGCGCUUGUUAACCGCACUAUCACCUGCGCACAAUCUUCUGAGUACAGACAUAACUGGAACUGUGCAGAAAGGCACUGCUCUUGUCGCUGCCACCACACAGUUCACACUUUCACAGUGUGCAAUUCCAUCGUCGGCGACAAUUGAGCUUUUUGUUCUUGCUACACAAGCCAGAUUCUCGCUUCGUCCUGCUUUCGAAGUGGAACACAUCGUUCGAUAUACUUCUCCUGGGUUUGAGACCUUGUUGAGAUAUGAGAAAGAUAUCAUAACAGUCGAAGAAGCACGAGAUAAAUUUCUUGAUCUCUUUCGGUCAGAUUCGACCUUUAAAAAUCACGUCAACCCGGCCGGACAUUCGUAUAUUGAGGAACUCUUAAGGGUACCGCGCUGGGGCCCAGUGGAUAGAGCAGAACUGGCCCCCCCAUCUUCACCAGACUGGAUAGCCGAGGACAUAGUGGAGGAUCCAUUCUUCCUUGAGUACUUAGGAAAGCUACUUAAGAACAAUCAAGGCUUUGCUGAUAUGUCACCCCUUCAUACAGCCGUUUUACUUGGUUCGGAUGAGUCAUUUUACAAAUGGCUCUCUAGCUCUGCCAAAGACGAAAAGAACUUCCUGGAUCAGACCCCUAUGCACCUUGCAACUUCCAACUGCCAGCGUCUCGUUGCACUAAUUAAAGCUGAUCAUAAUUUAGAUGCUACAGAUAUCUAUGGCAUCACACCCCUCAUGUACGCGGCUGGUUCAAACUCCGAGGAUUGUUUUAUCGCACUCCUGGAAUACGGAGCAAAAUUAGAUAUCCAGUGUAAACGAUACAACCGUACCUUUAUGCAAUAUGCUGCUGUUCGUGGCAAUUGGGACCUGCUUUUUACAUACCUCUGCUGGGUAGAAAAGAAGGUUGAAGAAGAUGCGUUAGAAAAGAUAAUAAUUGAGGGCUGGGCGCAAAUGCUCACGACGUGGUAUUACGUGGCCUACCCAGACUAUCUUGGAAAAAGGAAGGUGUCAUUCCAGCAAUUCCUAGCUAAGUGUGGCUCGGUCGACUUUAUGAUUAAAGACCAGGACAGAGAGUUGCAGGACAAUACCCUUUUGCAUUACGUCAGAUCUGCAGAGGAAAUUGACAUCCUGCUUGAGAAAGGCUUCACACGAAUCAAUCAUGUGAAUAGUGCCGGUCACCACGCGCUUAUCACAGCUAUAUACAAUCACUGUAGUGUGCCGGACGUGGCGCGCAGGCUUCUUGCUAUUGGUGUAGAAAUCGACAUCCAGGACAAUUCACACCAUACUGCACUUCACCAUAUGCUUGAUAGCUUGCUGCGCUCUGUAUCAAGCAAUACCUGGGGAGCUAUCGACACUCUAUGCGUACUUCUCGCCAACGACGCAGACCCACUGUGUAUCGAUAACUGUAGGUGUCCCUGCUCACUUGGUGGUUGCCUUCCUUCCUCGGUACUUUGCAUGCAAGCUCAAACUGGUAGCUUCUACGUCACCACCGUACCUAUAUGGUCACUAGAAUGGCUCACUCUGAUUCUCAAACACCGAAACUUAACUGAGGCCAGAGUCAUUGUUCUUUCUCUCAUUCGCAGAGCGAAAUUUGACGACCUAGGAAUGACACAUGUUUGCUGCGGCCGCCGUCAGGGCUAUUUCUCUCCGCCAAACUCUCAGGGGCACGCCCCAAUGCCCGAUGAAGAUAUCGAUGCGAUUCUGGAGGAAGAGUUCGAGUUUAUCGACAUGUUACAAGAAGAAAUGGCGCUGAGUUCAGCUAAACCGUAUGAAGAACUUGUUGAUGAAUGGAUACAACAAAUCAAAGCGGCACUUAAAAAAUCUUGUAUGGAAGCAAGUGAGAAAGAUAAAAGCAUUGUAAAGGAAAAAGUCAUCCACGGUCCCAUAUAUGAAGUGGACAGCAAAAAUGACUGCUUUAGAUUUAGGCCUUUAUAUGUUUACUGUCCGAACAGAAAUCCAGCUGAAUCUGCGAAACGAGAGAUUGUCGAAUAUAUCCACUGGAUGGAGUAUGAAUAUCAUUGUGGAAAGACUUCUGCACUGUGCAAAGGCGUGGGUGGAUCUACUAAGGACGACUGGUACCUCAGCAGGCUUUCUUGGCUGUUUAAACUCGUCAACGAGUUAGGGAUUUCAAUGGCAGAACUUACUGCCAGCAUAAGGGAGAAAAACGAACCAGAUCCAGAAUGUCUGGUUAAGCAGCCUAUCGGGGUAGAAGAAAUCACUAAACACUUGAUAGCGUCGUGGCGUGUAUGGGAAGGACGUCGAGAUUUGUAA